CCCCUCCUCUUAAUCCCCCCCCAACCCAAACCUUGGGGAGAGGGUGGUGGGUGGGUGGGGGAGCAUUUUCCCCUCUCCCCUUUUGCGUGGAGGGGAGAGGGGGCAAAAAGAAAAGAAGAAAAAAAAAAGAGAGAGAGAAUGUCAUAAUUUAAGUGCACAGCCGGAAUUUUCAAGCCCCCUCUCAUCUACCUCGCCGCACGCCCGCUGCGCGCUUUUCAGAUCGAGGGACCUCCGGAUUUGGUUUGGAGGCUCCAAGAACGAUGUUUCUCCGGAUUUGGGGGGCCGGGCCUGAGACACAGCCGGCGGUGUGGAUGGGGACCCUGGACCCUUCAGCAGAAACGGCCUAUUAUUAACCCCUUUUGGAAGGGGAAAAAAAAAACCAAUAAAAAGGACAACGUUCCCAAGCGAGGGGAAGGAAGAAAAAAAAAAAAAGAGAAAGAAAUAACCUUGAGAUCUAGCGGCUUGGAAAAAAAACAAAACGCAAAGAAAAAAAAAACGCCAUGGGUUGCGCUCCCAGCAUUCAUAUAUCUGACAGUCGGGUGGUUUACCACAGCAACAAAGAUCCCGAGGACUCCAAUUCGUCCCAGCAAGGCAACCCCGUCCCUGGAUUAUUCAUUAAAUCUUCCAACGCCACCUCGUAUAAGUUGAGAACCAACCUAACGAAAAAGGACUCGCGGGACAACAUGGAGGCGGAAUCGAGGACCAAGAGAUCCAGCGUGAAGGCACUGGGAACCGAUGUGCAAUUUGGCCCUAUGAGACUCCACCGAGAGCAACUUCAGGUACUCUUAGUGUUUGCCAAAGAAGACAACCAGAGCAAUGGAUUUUGCUGGGCCUGUGAAAAAGCAGGCUUCCGUUGUAGCAUUGCCAGGACACCUGAAUCUGCCCUUGAGUGUUUUUUGGAUAAACAGCAUGAAAUCAUCAUUAUCGAUCACAGGAAUUCGAGAUACUUUGAUGCAGAAACGCUAUGCAGGUCCAUUAGAACAACAAAACCAUCCGAAAACACUGUUAUUAUUGGGGUCGUGCGGAGACAUGCAGAUCGUGAAGAGUCAUCAUUGUUGCCCUUUCUUUCUGCAGGCUUCACAAGGAGAUAUGUUGAAAACUCGAACAUCAUGGCUUGUUACAAUGAACUCAUACAGUUGGAAUUUGGAGAAGUACAGGCACAAUUUAAACUAAGGGCUUGUAAUUCGAUAUUUACGGCAUUAGAGAAAAGUCAAGAAGCCACUGAGAUUACAAGUGAAGACCAUGUAAUACAGUAUGUCAAUCCUGCGUUUGAAGAGGUAAUGGGCUAUCAGAAAGGCGAAUUAGUAGGAAAGGAACUAACAGAAGUGCCUAUAAAUGAAAAAAAAGCUGAUUUCCUUGACACUAUUAAUUCUUGCAUCAAGUUUGAAAAGGAAUGGCAAGGAACGUACUAUACCAAAAAGAAAAACGGCGAGAGCAUACAACAAAAUGUGAAGAUCAUACCUGUCAUUGGACAGGGAGGAAAAAUCAGACACUAUGUGUCACUUAGUAGACCGUGCAAUGACAACAAUAAGGCGGAAAGAAUCUGCGAACGGGUACAAGCCGAGUCCCAAACAGAUAUCCAGACCUGCAGGCACAAAGACAAGAGAAAAGGAUCUCUUGAUGUCCGAUCCACUACCUCUCGAGGCAGUGAUGGAAGUUCUCAGAGGAGGCAUUCAUCCAUGGCCCGCAUUCAUUCAAUGACGAUUGAGGCACCUAUAACCAAGGUAAUAAAUAUUAUCAACGCUGCUCAAGAAAGCAGUCCCAUGCCAGUGGCUGAAGCGUUGGAUAGAGUCCUGGAGAUCUUGAGGACUACUGAGUUGUAUUCUCCACAGCUUGGCACCAAAGAUGAAGAUCCGCACACAAAUGACCUUGUCGGUGGCUUGAUGACGGAUGGACUCCGAAGAUUAUCAGGGAACGAAUACCUAUUAUCGGCAAAGCAAACCCAUCAAGUACCGGGCAGUUUGAUCUCGCCCAUCUCCCUGAACGACAUCCCUCCCAGGAUAGCUCAAGCGAUGGAAAAUGAACAAGACUGGGAUUUUAAUAUUUUUGAGUUGGAGGCUGCAACUCAUAAAAGGCCUUUAGUUUAUCUUGGCCUCAAACUGUUUGCUCGCUUUCGGAUCUGUGAGUUUCUCGGUUGCUCGGAGUCGACGCUGAGGUCUUGGUUGCAAGUCAUCGAAGCCAAUUAUCACUUAUCCAACUCUUAUCACAAUUCAACCCACUCGGCGGAUGUGCUUCAUGCCACGGCCUAUUUCCUUUCUAAAGAAAGAGUAAAACAAACCUUGGAUCCCAUCGACGAAGUUGCUGCGUUGAUCGCUGCCACCGUCCACGACGUGGAUCAUCCUGGGAGAACCAAUUCUUUCCUGUGUAACGCCGGAAGCGAACUGGCCAUUUUGUAUAACGACACCGCGGUCUUGGAGAGCCACCACGCGGCACUGGCCUUCCAGAUCACCACCCGGGAUGACAAAUGCAACAUUUUUAAAAACAUGGAGAGGAAUGAAUACCGAACUCUUCGACAAGCCAUUAUUGACAUGGUCUUGGCCACGGAAAUGACCAAACAUUUUGAGCAUGUCAACAAAUUUGUCAACAGCAUCAACAAGCCAUUGGCUGCCCUUGAUGAGAAUGGGAGUACCAAUGGCGAUGGGGAUCCCAUCAAAAACGUCCUCACGUCUGCUGAGAAUCGAAUCCUGAUCAAACGGAUGCUAAUUAAGUGUGCUGAUGUUUCCAACCCCUGCCGUUCGUUGGAACAGUGCAUUGAGUGGGCAGGUCGGAUCUCGGAGGAGUAUUUUGCACAGACCGAUGACGAGAAGAGGCAAGGUUUGCCUGUUGUGAUGCCGGUUUUUGACAGGAAUACCUGCAGUAUCCCUAAAUCUCAAAUCUCGUUCAUUGAUUAUUUCAUCACGGACAUGUUCGAUGCUUGGGAUGCUUUUGCAGAUCUACCAAAUCUGAUGCAGCACCUAGACAACAACUUCAAGUAUUGGAAGGGGCUGGAUGAUAAAAAGCUGAGGACUCUUCGGGCGCCCCCUGAAUAGCUGUCAGACCAUUGGACAUGCAUCUCUUCCAUCGGGAAGCUGGUUCCUCCAAACUUGCCUUUGGUUAUGGAUUUUCAAAUUCGUUUGGUCUCUUCAGCAUGACAACAAGACCUUUGUGUUCUCCACUAUGGGGAAGUUGGACAAUCUGAAGAGCCUGGUCAUCAGAAGAACCUUCUUCUCCAUCCGUCAUCUAGCAAUUGAGGAGCUGGCCAUACUUUUCAAGCUGAAUUACACUGGAUAGAUGCCUGUAUCGGAGAGAAUUUUCGGGUGAGCCUUAUCGCAUGCUGGGAAGUGAUGUUUGGAGAGACCCUUUUCUUGGAAGAUCUCAGCUUGAGGUUCUUCAGAGCGGCCAGUGAAGGAGGGAAAAAAAUGUCCCUCACCGCGAGGAUUCAUAACCACGAUGAGGAAUCUUUAGCAUGAGCACUAAAAGAAUAAAAAGAAACUGAAAACAGCUACACGGACCAAUCAGAGAUAGACGAUACAGACUCUUUGUGAAGGAGCUUUCUUUUUUUUUAAUCUUCUCAAAUGGAUUUAGCGGUAUUUUUUCACGUUGCUGAAAGCGCGAUCACUCGCUCCUGAGCAUUACGGAGAACACAUUCUCUUAAAAAUUUAGUAGCAAAUGGAAGCAAACCGAUAGACACCCCACCCACCCCCCCUCCGUUCCCUUCAGCCCCGCAGAUUUUUUCGAAGCUGAUCGUUAGGCGCCUCUGAUUAAAAUAUGUUUUAUUUAUUUUGUUAGAUGUUGAAUAUUUUCUAUAAAAUUUAUAAAGACUUGUCAAACGCCAAAGCCAACUUCUAGAGGCAUUACGGUUUUUCGUGAUUCCUAACUCAUUAUGCAUUUUUUUUCUUUCUUUCUCCGGUUGCAAAAAAGGGGCGUGCGGCGAAUCCAACUUUUUUAUUUCACGGAGAGGACAGGUUGACGACCUUGGUUUUAUAUAUGACAGAUAGUCCUCAAAUUACGAACGUUUGGUCCGCAGCCCUUUGAUGUUACUACGGCACUGAAUAGGGGUUAUUACACAACUUUGCUCUUGUUAUGAUGUCUCUGCUGUGGAUAUUAGGCUCCAGCUACUAAGUCCAACCAGUGGCCAGUAACCCUUGGUCAGCACUCUGCAUCCUCAUGAGAUCUUCAGGUUAAUUGAAUUUCUCAGCCCAUUCUUUAAAAAAAAAAAAAAAUUCUUGGAAAAUUCCCAGCUUCAAAAAUUUUAGCAAGGGGUUCUCUGCCCGGUUGCUGGGUGGGCGUGGCCAUGGUGGGCGUGGUUUAGUCAGCCUCCUGCACCACAGUGGUGGCAGGGGGGACUUUUUGCCCUCCCCGGGCUCCGGAGGCUUUUCUCAAGCCUCCGGGAGGGUGAAAGCGGCCUCCCCAGGCAGGCCCGUUUUUCACCCUCCCCGAGCCUCUGUGUGCACCCUGCACUUACCUGCAUCCAAAAUAGGUUGUGUGGGGACUCCUGGGAGGGGAGGGGAAGGGUGGGCCAGCCAGGAGUGGGAUUUGGGGGUUCUCCGAACGGCAUAGAAUCUGAGCUAGAGGUUCUCCCGAACCCCUGCAAACCCCCAACAGCCUACCCGUGUCCCAGCCCUGUUGUAGGUGUUCAUCAUAUUCUACAUUGUUGCUCCCCAAAUCCCCUUUACCAUUGUCUAUGCUAAGCCUACACAUAGGGGCAGUUUUCUGGAAAUAACCCUGUAAAACCCUACAUAAGGUAGCCAUCAGAGGCCCGGGAGGUGAUGGUGUGUGAGGACGAUGGGCUUCCUUUGAAAUGUAUGUUAUGAUGUUCCCAUCCUGAGAAAUGUCUUGCCUUGAAAAGUUUUAUUUUUAAGAAAAAAAGAAAAAUAAUAAUAGAAAUGCUACAUUUCCAAGAUAUUUGCAAACUGACUAGACUCUUCUAGUGGAUAGCAGAAGGGCGGGUGAGCGGGUGGGCUGGAAAGGGGGAGUUAAAAAUGUAUAUUUUGUAAAGUUUUAGCCAUUCCCUCUCGGCCGUUUCCCCUUAUUUAUUUUUCAAAUCUCUCACACUAUUUCGUAGGCCUCUGAAAUGAAAACCCUUCCUUUUAAAAAUAAACCGUGGAAACUUU